AUGGAACGGCUGGUGCGCCUGAUGAAGCUGCGGAGGUUUCUCCGGAGCGUCUACUACGCAAUCGAGAGCGAAUACGUCAGCAUCCUGACUCACAUCUUGCAGACGAUAGCGCUCGUGCUGGCAUUAUGCCAUAUGAUCGGGCAUGUUGUUUCUCGUCAGCUCUGUGUGGUGGUGUUCGCGCUGGUGGGCUUCACCUACAUCGUCGGCAGCAUCACCGGGUCGCUGACGCAGCUCCGCAGCCUGUCGGAGGGGAGUGCGAAGAUGUUUUGGGACCUGCGUCGCUACCUGACCCAUUUCCGCGUGCAGCCGACGCUGGCGCUCCGGAUCCUCCGGAUCGAGGAGUACUUGGAACACGCGUGGGCGCGGCAGCAGAAGGGUAUCACUCGAAGAGUGUGUUGUUGCUGA